GGUGAAUUUUCGCGCUCCGGGAAGCCUUUGCCAAGUGGUGAAAGAGUGCGUUGUGCAUAUGUGGCGGCGAAAAAGGGAGAUGGAAAAAUUUAACCAGGUAAAAAGGCGAAAAAUGAAGAGAAAAAGCGCAAAAUAAAGAGAAAAAACGCAAAAUAGAGAAAAAAAAGCGAAAAAUAAAGAAAGAGCGAAAACGGCGCAAAAGAGCGCAAAAUAUAUGUAUAGGGGAAACAACAAACGGAACACUGGCCGCAUCCCCCCAGAAGGGCGACGUUGAAAAAUACCGGCGUGAUAUGCCCGAGAACAAGUCAGUUCUGGUGAGGAGCGCAGCGAACAAAUAAGGCGGCACCAGGGAAAGAUAUUUUCACUUCCCCCAUGUACUACGCAUGGUAUCCCUGUAGCAGUUGUCGUAAAUGAGGAUUAUGCCCCCUUCCUUCUGCGUGUCAAAAUUGGAAGAAGGAAAAAGGGAAAGAAAUAUAUGCCGCAGAGUUGGCCCACAAAGGGUGGAGCGCAAAAAAGGCUGCUUAAGCAGGGGCGUCCCCAUUUCGCGGUACCAACCCCGUUUUUGUUCACCGCGUGCUGAACUUGCGCGCACCCCCGACACACAUAGCGGUGUAGCGGCAGAGCGGCAAAGCGGCAUAGCAACAUAGCAACGUAGCAACAUAGCGGCGUAGGGAAAAUGUCGGCCAUCGGGAUGCCACCGCACAUCCUCAUCCUGUUCCAAGCCAGGCCGCUUCUAAGCUUCUACAAGCCCAUCCAGAAAAAGAAGCCACAAGCGUACAGCGGCAUUUCAGAGUACCUGAAUCUAUUCGAGGAUAAGGAGCCCCCCCCAAAAAUAAAGUUAGAAAAUGCUAAGGAAAGAAAGGAAAGAAAAAAAAAAGAGAAAAUAACCUACAACGAAUUGAUGCUGAAGGAGAUGAGAAAGAGCUAUGACCCGUUUAAGAAUGCAGAUUUAACAAACGACCCGAAGAAAACCAUUUUUAUUGGAAGACUCUCAUACGAUGUAAAUGAGAAAAAAUUAAAAAAAGAAUUUGAAGUCUAUGGGAAAAUAAAAAAAGUGAAAAUUAUUUAUGACAAAAAUUUUAAACCAAAAGGAUAUGGCUUCAUAGAAUUUGAGCACACCAAAAGUUUUAAUGAUGCAUAUAAUUUGGCAGAUGGGAAAAAGAUAGACAACAGAAGAAUUCUUGUGGAUGUGGAAAGAGGAAGGACGGUGAAGAAUUGGAUUCCUAGACGGUUGGGUGGUGGCAAGGGACCCCCAAGGGGGUCAGAUGAACGGAAGAAGGUCACUCACAAUAUCAAUUGGACGGCUCUAAUUAACAAAGAUAAGUACCGGAAUGAUAAGAAGAAGGUGGAAGAGAUUUACAAAAACGUGGCGCUGUACAACGAGAGGAACGAUGACGACAGCGACGACGUGAAGGACGUGCUCAAGAGCCACCGGCGCCACCGGAGGGACGAGCACAGGCGGGACGAGCACCGCAGCUCCAAGCGGGACCGCCACCACCGGAGCAGGCGCAGCGAGUCGCACGACCGCCACAGGCACAAGCACAGGCGCAGGGACAGCCGCGAUCGGGAUAAGGAUAAGGAGCGGGAUAAGGAGAGGGACAAAGAGAGGGAUAAAGAGAGGGAUAAAGAGCGGGACAGGCACCGCGACCGAGAUAGAGACCACAACCGGGAUCAUGAUCGAGAGCGCGACCGAGAUAGAGAUCACAAUCGAGACCACAACCGGGACGAGCACAACCCGGAUUACGAUCACAGCCACAACCGGGACCACGCCCACAAUCACAAUUACAAUCACACGCACAACCGGGACCACAAUUACAGCCACAACCACGAUCACAGUUACACCCGCGAACAGGACCCGGAGAGGCACAGGCACAGAAGCCGGGAGAGGGGAAGCGAAAGCGGCGCCUACUUUCCCAACGGGGGCGAACGCAGGGGCGAGCACGAGCAAGCGGGGGCGCACAUGAAUAUGCACAACGGUUAUGGGACGGGGGCACCUGGAGGAAGAGACUAUGGCCAUUACAACUUUUAUGGGUAG